GGAGCCUGGCAAUUCCCCACAUCUUCUCCGGCAGGGUACCGAUCUCCAGCAUCCACAGCGCACCCAGCCCUUGGUAACAUGGACACAGAUGACCCCCUGUUGCAGGACGCGUGGCUCGAUGACGAGGAUGACGAGGUGGCCUUCAGGUCGCCUAUAUGCAAGAACUGCCAGUGGACUUCCAAGCCUUUAAAAGACGCCAUGCCGGCGUGCGAAUUUUGGACCAUAGUGGGAUGGGUGUUUACAAACGUUUACUGCGCCGCUUUUCUACUGGCCUUGGGCUGUUUGGUCCCCAUCGUCCUCUCCGUCAUCAUGUUUGUACACUACCCGACUCUGGACAUUGACAUCUCUUACAACGCGUUUGAAAUCCGCAACCACCAGUCCUCCCAGCGCUUCGACGCGCUGACCCUUGCCUUGAAAUCCCAGUUCGGCACCUGGGGGAGGAACCGCAGGGACGUUGCAGACUUUACAUCUGAAACGUUGCAGCGAUUGAUCUUUGAGCAGCUCCAGCAGCUCCACCUGAAUACCUCCCAGCAGGAUGGCCCCAUGCGGGUCAAACGCAGCUCCCCGUGGUGCAAUAACACUUUGAGAACUAGCAGCUCAACCAUUGCUCCAUCACUACCCUUGGCUCCGGCGGCGAAUCAGUCCCGCCAUCCACGCGGGGCGUCCGUUAAGGAAUAUUCAGGUGUUUACAUGACUCCGAACACGCAGAGCCAUGCUCACUGGCGGAUUGAGCUCAUUUUCUUGGCCAGAGGGGACGAGGAGAACAAUAUCUUUACUAAAGAGCGGCUGAUGACCAUUCACAGGAUUGAGAGGAAGAUCAUGGACCACCCCCACUUCCGGGAAUUUUGUUGGAAACCUCACGAGGUCCUGAAGGAUCUCCCCCUGGGAUCUUAUUCGUACUGCUCACCUCCUAGUUCCCUCCUGACCUACUUUUUCCCCACGGAGAAAGGGGGCAAGAUUUACUACGACGGCAUGGGGCAGGACCUGGCUGAUGUGCAUGGGUCUCUGAAGCUGGCCAUGACUCACCCAGAGUUCUAUUGGUACGUGGACGAGAACCUCACGACGGAAAACCUGAAAAGUUCUCUACUGCGGAGCGAGAUUUUAUUUGGGGCUCCUCUGCCCAAUUACUAUUCGGUGGAAGACCGGUGGGAGGAGCAGCACAGGAAGUUUCAGAACUUCGUCACCUCCUACGUCGGCAUUCUGUCCAAAGAGUCCACCAGUAAAGUUCAGGUGCUGUACGGGGGGACCGACCUGUUCGACUUCGAAGUGCGGACGACCUUCAACAACGACAUGCUGCUGGCGUUCAUCAGCACCGGCUGUAUCGCCGUCCUCGUUUACAUCCUCACCUCAUUCUCAGUGUUCCUGUCCUUUUUUGGGAUUGCCAGCAUCGGCCUCAGCUGCCUGGUGGCUCUUUUCCUUUACCAUGUGGCCUUCGGCAUUCAGUAUCUCGGAAUACUAAACGGGGUGGCGGCCUUCGUCAUUGUCGGCAUUGGUGUGGACGACGUGUUUGUGUUCAUUAACACGUACCGCCAGGCCGAGCACAUCAAAGACCCUCGUCAGCGUAUGAUCCACACCAUACAGACGGCUGGGAAAGCGACCUUCUUCACCUCGUUAACCACCGCCUCGGCCUACGCAGCAAACAUCUUCUCCCAGAUCCCCGCCGUUCAUGACUUCGGCCUCUUCAUGUCACUCAUCGUCUCGUGCUGCUGGGUAGCCGUGCUGUUUAUCAUGCCGGCGGCCCUGGGAAUAUGGGGAGCCUACGUUUCGCCGCUGGAGACGCUGUGCCACUCAAAUUGCAGUGAGAAGUGUCUCAAGAAAAGCAGUCUGAAUAUCUAUGAAGAUCUCAUACUAGGGCGCGAGGCCUGCUCCCACCCCGUCCCCAGCACUGUCCCCUACCUGGACGACGACAUUCCCCUGCUGACGGUGGAGGAGGAUGCCGUGGCCCUGGAGUUCGGUGACGUGCCCCUGGUCUCCGUCCUGCCGGAUAAUGUAGAGCAGAAGAUGGACGCAGACCGCACGGAUCAGCUCAUCAGGGGGCUGCACACCAUCCUGCACCACUGCGUGCUGUGGACCACCGUCAAGGGCCGCCAUAUUACCGUUGGUUUGUUUGUGGUGAUCCUUAUCCUUUCUGUAUCAUUUGCGGCUCGUCUUCGUCCGGCCAGCCGGGCCCCGGUGCUCUUUAAACCGGACACAAAUAUUCAGUUACUGCUGGACCUUAAAAACAACCUAAGUGCGGAAGGAAUAAGCUGCGUCACCUGUUCAGGUUUAUUCCAGGAGAAACCUCGCAGCCUUCAAAACAACAUCCGGACCUCAUCAGACAAGAAGAAGAGAGGCUCGCUGUCAAUGGGGAGCUCACAUGGAGUCUUCAGUGACACCGGACAUGAAGAUCUACAGAAAACAGUGUACAUCACAAGAUGUCUAUGGGAAGGACGGACUACAAUAUAUAGACUGUCAUUGAACGCUACGGCUCCAGCACCCUGGCUGUCUAACCUGCCCCGUGACGAUGAUGUUACCUCUUUCCAGGUGUAUAAGAUUCCUUACGGUAACUACACCAGGAAGCUGACCGCUUGUGUGUCCACCAUAGGGCUGCAGAGUGACGUUUGUCCCAAGAAGUGGAUGAUAACUUCCUCAGCCUGCGACUCUCGCCGAGGAUGGAAAUUCGACUUCAGCUUCUACGCUGCCGACAGGGAGCAGAACAACACCAGGAAACUUUACUUCACUUUGGUGCACAAGAACCCUGUACAUGGCAAGAUUUGCACCUCUCCCGCCGCGUGCCAGGGUUCCGGGUCUGACGUGUCCAACAGAGGGGCCUUCUAUGUACCCACAGAGAAAGCCACUUCCAAGAAGUUGUCACCAACGUUGGAUUUUAACCCUUGCCUGAACACAGCCUGUGGGAAACCCGCCGUCCGCCCUCUAGUAGACACCGGUGCCAUGGUGUUUGUAGUGUUCGGAAUUCGAGGGGUAAAUCGGACCAGGAUACCGGAUAACCAUGUACUCGGUGAACUGGGCAGGGUCAUCUACGAUGACAAGUUCGACCUCUUUAAAGAAAUCGGUAACCUGUGCAGCCUGUGUAAGGUGAUCGCAGGCAACAGGGAUUUGGUGAAGCCGGGAGGAGCUCAGUGUCUCCCUUCAGGGUACAGUAUAUCAUCCUUUCUUCAAAUGUUACACCCCGAAUGUAAGAACAUUCCAGAGCCAAAUCUUCUCCCGGGUCAGCUCUCGCAUGGUGCUGUUGGCGUAAAGGAUGGAAAAGUCCAGUGGAUCUCUAUGGCAUUUGAAUCGACCACCUACAAGGGCAAAUCGUCUUUCCAGACUUACAAGGACUAUCUGAAGUGGGAGUCUUUCCUCCAACAGCAGCUGCUGCGUCUCCCUGCGGACUCAGCGCUCAAACCUGGAUUUCAGACCUGCGAACACUGGAAGGAGAUCUUCAUGGAAAUUAUAGGGGUGCAGAGCGCUUUGUACGGACUGAUUCUGUCGCUAGUCAUCUGCGUGGCAGCCGUAGCGAUCUUCACUACGCACAUUCUCCUGCUCCUCCCGGUGCUUUUUACCAUUCUAGGUGUGGUGUGCCUGGUGGUGACCAUCAUGUACUGGCUGGGAUGGGAGAUGGGAGCAGUAGAGGCCAUAUCCUUAUCAAUACUGGUGGGCUCAUCUGUGGAUUACUGCGUCCAUCUGGUGGAGGGAUACCUCUUGGCGGCAGACAGCAUUCCCCCACAUCUCAAGGAGGACCCAACUGCCUGCCGCCAAUGGAGAGUCAUGGAGGCCGUUCGCCACGUCGGUGUAGCCAUCGUCUCCAGCGCCAUCACCACGGUGAUAGCCACCAUCCCGCUCUUUUUUUGCAUCAUCGCUCCCUUCGCCAAGUUCGGGAAGAUCGUUGCGCUGAACACCGGCAUCUCCAUCGUGUACACUCUGGCCGUCAGUACGGCGCUGCUCAGUACCAUGGCACCCAGCACCUUCGUCAGGAACAGGACUUCUUUCCUCAAAGCCGCCCUGGUGGUCAUCCUUUGCGCUGCCGGGAGCUUUUGUGUUUACAUGGUCCUGCUCAAAACAGGGUUGACCAUCCCCAUUCUCAACGGGACCCCGCCGUAGAGAGAAAAAAAAAAAAUGUUUUUUAGACGCGUUUUUAUAUUUACAAUUUUUUCCCCUCAGUGGUGGGUAUUGUCAGACGUGAACAAAAGCAACACACUGUGUUUUCUUUUACGACAAAUGCACUUUAUUUUAUUGUUCUCUGAUGCAUACAACAGCAGACGGGCCACCAGGAGCGGUGUAGAUUAAUGAGGGGGCAGAACCUUUUGGCAAGUUCUUCUAAUUAUUGAAGCA